AUGUGUCUCGAUUGGAAUUGGCGUAAAGCUGACUAUCAGGCGUUAUACGCGGCUUUAGGUGAAAUCGACUGGGCCGACAUGUUUGAACUAUGCCACGUUGAUGGGGCUGUUGAGUUCUUCUAUUCGAAGAUAUACGAGUGUUUUAAUAGUUUUGUACCUUUUCGAAUGAUUAACCAACGUGCUAAUCGUUUCGUGUAUCCAAAAUGGUAUUCUGGUGAAAUUAUACGCUACUUAAAAUACAAGCAUUAUCAUCUUAAAAAAUAUAAGGCUGAGGGAAAGGAAUAUAACAAAGAAAUGUUCAAAUUCUAUAGGUGGCACGUUAAAAAACUAAUUAAUGACGCAUAUCGACAACAUAUAAGUAGUUUGCAAAAAAAUAUAUUUAAUGAACCAGCCAGAUUCUGGGGAUACGUUAAAGAUAAAAGAAAAGAUAGGCAAGGAGUUGAUGUAUAUUCCUACGACGGUGAGGAAGUGUCCGGUCAGGCUGCAGCUGACGCUUUCGCGCAAUAUUUCAGCUCAGUUUUCCAAUCUGACCCGCCACGCCUGGAUUUUGAGGACGCCGCUCGAACUGCCCAUUCAUUAGCAGAUGCUAGGGACAUAGCUAUCCUGGGUGUGAGCGAGUCCGAUUUUAAAUUUGCUAUUAAGCGUCUAAAAGCUAAAUCUGUGGUGGGUCCUGAUGGUGUACCAGUGUUUCUCGCGAAGGAUUGUAUGUCAGCAAUUCGGGCACCACUGCUUUUUAUCUAUAACCUCUGUCUUAACUCUACUAAAUAUCCGCACUGCUGGAAGUUAUCAUGUGUAACACCAGUCCCGAAAGGAGAUGCUAAAGGUGAUAUAACGCAAUACAGGCCUAUUGCAGUACUUUCAGUUUUUGCAAAAAUAUUUGAGUCAAUCCUUAACAAUCAAUUCAGUAUGCAAAUAGAUAGUUUGUUGCACAACAGCCAACACGGCUUUCGUAGAGCUCGAUCAACUACAACUAAUCUAGUAGGGUUGUUGGAUUAUGCAUCGGCAGAAAUGGAUGCCGGACGUCAGGUGGACGCUGCAUACUUUGAUUCUAAAAAGGCGUUUGACCUAGUGGACAAUGACAUACUGUUGAGGAAAUUAGCGUCAUUGGGCUGUACACCUAAGCUCUUGCGGUUUUUUGCCGAUUACUUAGACAAUAGGCGCCAGUUCGUAAAAGUGCAGGGAUUUGCUUCAGCAGAGUAUUACACAAGAUCUGGCUUGAGUCAAGGGAGUACUCUGGGUCCGACUCUAUUUUUGCUAAUGAUAAACGAUUUACCUCAGGUUAUAGGUACUGCUCGAUGUCUUCUUUUUGCGGAUGAUCUCAAGCUGUUCUUAGGCGUGAAUGAUAUUGCAGAUACAACUGCCUUGCAAGCGGAUAUUGAUGCGGUGUCGGAGUGGAGUUUAGCAAAUCGUAUGCCUUUUAAUAAUACGAAAUGUAAAGUUAUUACUUACACCCGCAAGCACUGCCCAAGAUUGACUCAGUAUAAAUUAUUUGACGCCUGUAUAGAUAGAGUUUUUGACAUUUGUGACUUAGGAGUAACAUUAGAUAGUAGAUUGGACUUUCAUUUACAUGUGACAACAACCUGCAAAAAGGCGAAUAGUAUUUUAGGCUUUAUUUUACGGACCUCCUAUGAGUUCAAUGACGUGGCUGUGGCGAAGGUGUUAUAUAACGCCCACGUACGCAGCAAACUGGAAUAUGCAGCAAUAGUUUGGGAUCCUCAUGAAGCCAAAUACUCUAUUAUGGUUGAACGUGUUCAGCGUAAAUAUGCACGAUGGCUCUAUAGACGGCAGUACGGGUAUUACCCAUACCUGUAUCCAUCAUACUUCGUUGCGGGCAUGGUGGGAUUAGACACUUUAUCUCGUAGGCGUAAGAUGCUUCUACUGGCUCACUACAUUGCUGCGUUUCAUCAUAAGGUGGAUAAUAGCAUUAUGUCCAAGGUAGACUUGCUGGUACCUGUGCGUGUGCCUUGGGGUGAUGAGGGUGCAGUGGCGCCGCGCCGUAGGCCGCGGCUUUUACACAAGCCCGUCACUCGCACGGAGCUGCACAAGCUGCCCCCUACCACGUUCGAGCAUGUCGACGUCACCAGGCUACUGAAGGACAUCACGUCCCUAAAAGCAAACCUUGCUGAAUUUCGGUAUAAAUUGGAGGCCUCGGAGAACACCAUCAAUGAUUUACGUGCCCAAGUUGUGUUACUUAGUAGUGCAGUUUCUGUAAGUAGGUCACCCGAGGCCUGCAACAUGAAUACUUAUCGCGGGGAGCAAAACGCAUCUCUCGGCAGUUUUGAGUCGGCUCAUAUGGAUGUGUCACCGAUCGCUGCCGUUGUCGCAGCGCGCGUUUCCCCGCGCCCCGCCCCUCGUUUUUCAAGCACGUUGACCCCUCAACGUGAUUACGCUGCUGUUGCCGCUGCUACCCAACCCACUGCUCCACAACCCAGGCAACCAACGGAGGGGAAGAUGAAAAAGCGGAAACUCAUCUCUGAAGCUGUGUCGUCAGUACCACCGAGAGGAGUAGAUCAGUGCGACGGGGACGGCUUCAAAAAGGUGGAAAAGAAAAAGAAGUACACUAGCCCCGAAAGUCGAGCUCCAACAACUAUUCAGACGCUUGAUAUUCCUUGCGAAAAUAACGACGGCCAGGACGUCACGAAAAACGUCGAAAAUGAUUUACGUGAACUAUAUCCCGUUCAUGUAACACCGUUAAUGAACGAAGAUCAACAUUGGGGAUGUUUCUACAUAUUUCCAGAGCUAUACGAAGAUCUGUAUUCUCCCUUAGUGCGCGUGGUUCGCUUGGACGCUGUUCCUGAAUUGGUCGGCGGCGUCCUCACAAGGGAUAUGAUCGCUGCCUGUCUUACUUACCUUAAGCGAACGCCUAUUUUAGGCGACUUUGUCUGUAUAAAACUGAAUCUUUCCGGUCAGUGCCUCGUAAAUAUAGAAGUGUUGCAGCAUUAUAAAUACUUGGUAUACUUGGACCUGUCGUCUAACUUAUUAACAGAAUUAACUGUGCUCUCACAUUUGCUAUAUUUGCAGUUUCUCAGUGUAUCUUUUAAUAGGCUGACGACCGUUUUGGAAUACGAAACUCCUCAGUGGUUUUUAACCGAAGUGCACUACGAAUACAACUCUGUGAUGAUAAUUAGAGACAUUACCUUGUUUUGGUCUAUCACUGUGUUAAAUCUAUCGCAUAAUAAUAUUAAAAUGAUCAGCGGCUUGGAAAACUUAAACUAUCUUCGAAGACUGGAUCUAUCAUUCAAUAACAUCCAGCGUUUAGAGAAUCUAAAUCACCUUAAACUUAUAUGGCUCGACGUGUCAUACAACAAUAUAUCUAGUUUCGAGUUCGGGACGAAUUCAGGCCUGUGGACUAUGUUAUAUCUGGAAUAUUUGAAUCUGAAUGAAAACAAACUUACUUCUAUGAGGAUGUUUUCGGGAUGUGGAAGACUCCGAGAACUUCACGCGCGCAACAACCGCCUAAACAUGUUCUUAGAACUUGCAGUGUACAUGCGGCAGCUCAAGCGACUAGUUAUCCUUGAUCUUCGUGAGAACCCUAUAAGUUCCCUGUCGGGUUAUAAAGAUGUCGUCAUAAACAGUUUCCCUGUUUUGCUCAGUUUGGAUGGUAAAGAUCUUGAUCCAGUUGAACAGCGACUCCUGAAAAUGCAUAUGUCUCCCGAUGUAACAGCUUUUGCAACACGCCGCUUAUUACGUUUGCUAUAUAUAGAACAGCUUUCAAGGGCUCGUGUCUCCCCUUUCGUUCCUCCUGGCGACACUCAGGAAGUACCCAUAGUCAUACUAGUUGGAUAUGAGGCCGUCGGUAAAGGAACUUUACUCCGGCGCCUUGCGGACGAGUGCCAGACAAACGUGGAACUUGGAAAGUUGCACACCACUUACCCUUUCCACUACCCUGAACACUUCAUUGAAGUGUCCCGAAGCAAAUUCGACGACAUGCUCUUAGCUGGAGAUUUACUUACUUAUUGCGAGAGAGAUGGGGAGUCCUACGGGCUUAGUCGUGAGGAAGCUUUCAUAAAAGAUGGUAAAGUGAAAGUGGUUGGUAUGGAUCUAAUUUCGGCCUUGAUGAUGAAACAGCGCGGGCGCAGGCCAUACUUAAUUCUAGCCACGUGCUCAGACAUAAACGCCGUCAUAUCUAGACAGGGCAUGCGGAAAGCGGAACGAAUUGAGACACAAGCGCGAAUGAAGUGCACGGAAAUGUCUACGGAGAAAGAUACUCUACAAGUCUUGGUUUCUGGUCGCAUAUUGGUCACAGGCAUUCUGAACGAGAUACUUCUUUCUUUUCCAGAAGACAAAGAACAAAGUGAAUUCUUAUUUGAGUCGGAAUGUUCCUUGCUCAUGGACAGCGAAUCUAGAAAAGCUACGCAUGAUUAUACCAAAGGAGUGAAUCUUUUCGCGCUUUUGAACUCUAGCAAUUCAUCCCUGGUAGAAGCGAAUCACAGAGCCUACAAACAAAACCAAGAGGACUUCGUCAGUCUCUGUUCUCUGUACAAGGAGUCUCAAAACACCGAUGAAUAUGCCAGUUAUGCCAGAGACGAGUCUUUCAUGAGCAGCUCCCAACCUAAAAAAUCAGCAGAUAAAAUUAAGCAAACUUCAUCAAUCGCAACUCCACAUAAAAGUUAUAUGGCUGCUACCGGAACCGAAAGUGCGAAGACAUCAAAAUCUGUCACGUUCACAUCUCUGGAUAUAGAUACUACGGGAAAUGUGCCAAACGAUCUGAGCGGUUUGAUGAUAGACCCUAAAAUGUCUGAAUUUUCAGACAAACUGGAUAAUAGACCUCUUAUGCGGUCAAUAAGUAUGAGGAUCUUCUCGGCGUUAGCACAAGGUCACGCAAAACAUCGUGAUUUUCCCACCCACAGUGACGACCAAGAGCUUUGGCUGACAUUCCUAGCUGAUACUGGCGUUAUUACGAAGAGUGAAACUUACCAAAGUCUUUCCGAAACGCUACAACGUCGACAGUCCAAGGUUGACGAUCUUGAAGCCCUACUAAAGCAACUAACUUUUUAUCACCAGAUUCCUGGUGAAUCAUUAACGUCGAACAUCAGAGAUGAAUACGAAAACAUACAUCACGAAAAUCCCGGCCUGUUUUGGGAUGUUGUUAGUAUGGAUGAUCCUGAUGCAGCAUUUCUGAAAGUGAAAAGAAUAAUAAAAGACAUAGUCAACAGUCAACCCAACUUGAAACCAAUGUUCGACAUAGAAUUCUCGGAUAUGGAUAAACAACCCAUCAUAAAGAAAAAACUUGCUGACAUCACUAAAACCAUUGCACCAGUGAGAUUGUUCUUUUAAAGCAAAUAAUUAAAUAAAU